UGAUUUGAUGAUUAAUUAAUUAAUUUUUAUUUUACAGUUAUUCAAAAAAAUGAAUUUACUAAAGUCUUUAAAGGAACAGUCGGAAGUCCGUAACAUAUCGAUCGACGAUUUAGUCGUCGAUAUUGAAUAUCCGAUAAAAACAAUGAGAAAAAUGGAGACCGCCUUUGGGAUGGCAGCAUCCUGCACACUGGACGAUUCGGUAAUGGGGGGCACUAUAAAUGUAUUCUUGCCUAAAUCCAUAAACGUCAUCUCUGAAGAGGUGGCAAGUUAUAAUUUGGGGGAAGUGCCUCCAAUUAAUUUAAUUUUUAAGGGAAAAAAUAGGAACAAAUUUGUUAUAAAAUUUGUAUAACGGAUUCGUACUUUAUUUAUAUUUUUUUUAUAUUCAAUAUAAUAUCAGUUUUUUGCUUUUUUAAAUAUUUUUGUAAUUUUUUUUUUUUAUUUUUUAUGUUCAAUAAUAAUAAUAUGCUUAUAGGUUUAGGUAAUACUGUUUAAAAUAAUAAUAAAAAAAAACAUUUUAUUUAAUAUUUAUGCAGAGUAUGAUUUAUUAUUAUUAUUAUUAUAACAUUGUAUAUUUUUUAAAGAGUAAGUACAGUAUUUUUACAGAAACCUCUGUAAAUUUUUUUUUUCCAAUGCAAUUCGUCAUCGCACCAUGGACCAUUUGACCAAUGGAAAGACUGUGCAUCAUCUAGAAAAUACAAAAAAAAAAAAUAAGAUUUAACCCUUAACUUGGUGUUGUAUCUUUUUGGAUACACAAAGUUUGUCAAUUUUUAUACGGAAUUUGAUUUAACAUAUUUUUAUUUGUAUUAUUUGUACACACUGAUAAAUGUCAUAUGUUUCACGUGAGUACAGUAUGAUAACGUUUCUACGACGAUUAGGAGUGAUAAUCGCUGUUUUCUGUUAUCAUUUUAAGAAAAUAAAUUUUAAUCAAACUCGUUGACUUCAACUGCCGAGUUCAUCACAUUUAAAUGUGUUACAAGUGUCAAAUUUGCAUUAACUUAGUUCAGAAAUCUUUAUAGAAAUGCAACGCCGUAGAGCAGAAAAAAUUUUAACUAUGCUUCCCCCUGGUAAGGAUAGUAGUGAAAGUUCUGAUGAUGAUUCAGUUGAAUCAUAUCAUUCAAUUGGAGAAAUAUUAUGUGAAUCACCAUUACCUAUUGAGGCAAUAGAGAAUGAUGUAGAUGAACUUCUCAGAGAUAUUGAGUUAAAUCCAAUUGAUGAGUUUUUAGAAGAUUUUGAAGAUUUACAAUCUAUUACAAGUGAUAAUGCUGUUGCUGAUAUAAUAGAAAUAGAAAUACCACAAAAUAUAGAGCCACAUACUCCUACUCUUAUGAAUAAUAUAUCUUCAUCAGUUAGUAAAAAAAAAACAGUUUUAUCAUCCGAAUCUGCAAGAAGGUCUAAACGUUUGUUGAGAAAUGCAGAAACGCCUCCAAUUCCAUUACCAUGUAUGUCACCUGACAUUGAGAAUAUUAAUAUACUACCUAACCAAAGGAAAAAAAUUAGAAAAAUUGACCACAUGCAAUUUAAUUGGGUAGCCGGGAAAAAAAUGAAUUUUGAAGUUAAUGUUCCUGAAUAUGAAUUUCAUACACAACUUAAUUUUGUUGAUUAUUUAUAACUGAAUAAUAUCAGCUGUUAUUUUUACAUUUUAUAAGAUUUUUAUUUUAAAUUUAGCAAAAAGAAAUUGCUGUAAAAAUGUGUUAUAUUUUAUAUUUGUAAUAUUUUAUCUUCAUAUUGAUAAUAUUAGUUUUGAUUUUUUAAAUAUUUCUAUGUUAGUAUUAAUAAAAAACUAAUGUGAUAAUUAAAUAAAUGUGAUACUGUUCUGUGACAACAUAA